CUGUUCUUAUUGCUCAAGAUAACAAUAAGGAUACAAAACAUGCAAUUCAAAAGUAUAAUAAAUACACAAUAGACUUGGAAAUCUCAACUAAACUUGGGAUAGUUAAGGCAUUACCUGUUAGGAAGCUUCUAGAUUGCUGA